UCACUACUGGUUUCCAACAAUACUAAAAGUAAUUAAAAAGGAUAUCAUAGGAAUAUUGUAGAGAUUUUUUUCUCAGAGGCACACGCACGCACACACAGACACCCAGGACGCCCCAGCAAGCCACUGCAGAAUGGAUCUCCCACCAAUCAGAGGUUUAUCUGAUGUGCCGUGAGCGUUGGGAGCACCUUGCCCCAGCCCCGGCCUGCAGCCCUGGUGCCACCCGGCUUGGCUCACCAGGAUGGACCCUGCUCAUUCCUUCAGGAUGGACGGGCUGGACCUCCAGCAGGUCCCAGUGCUGUCACUCGACCAGAUCCGUGCCAUCCGGGCCAACAAUGACUAUGUGGAGCGGCCCGUGAUACCGGAACCCGCAUCCCAGUCUGUAUUUUUUUAUCCUCAUGAUGACCGUCAUGGAAUAUACCCUCACCACCCCCAGACUUCCCUCCACUCUGCCAUGCCCCGCAGCCAAAGUCAGCAGCAGCAUGCACACCUGUCCCACCUGAGCCGUUCCAGUACCAUAAGCUCCUCCAUUUCUCGGACCAGUGCCACCUCAGACCAGAGGCUACUGGCAGGUCUGACACCAUCUCACUCUGGCUUAGGUUCGGUGGUUCGUUCUCAACCUAAAGGAGAACUCAAGCCCGAUGCCUCCCUGAGUAAAGGCCUCACAGAGGAGGAGGCUGAGCUGGGCCUUCAUCUGUUCAUCUGUGAGCAGUGUGGUCGCUGUAAGUGCCAAGAGUGCUGUGCCCCACGUCGCCUGCCUUCCUGCUGGGCCUGUGGACAGCGCUGUCUGUGCUCCGCUGAGAGUGCCGUGGAGUAUGGCACCUGCCUGUGCUGUGUUAAAGGUCUGUUCUACCACUGUUCCGCCCAGGAUGACGAGGAUAACUGCGCUGACCGGCCAUGCUCCUGUGCUCCAGCCCAUGCCUGUGCCCGCUGGGGCACCAUGGGGCUAUUGUCACUCUGCCUGCCCUGCCUCUGCUGCUACCCCCCUGCCAGGCUGUGCCUUGCCCUGUGCCAGUGUGCCCAUGACCGUGCCACGCGUCCCGGCUGCAGGUGCAGCAACACCAACACUGUGUGCCGCAAGAUCUCUGCCUCCAACCCCAACCCUGGUCACCCCUCGCUCCGCAGCAAGGCCCUGGAGAAGCCGUUAUGACAGGCCUGGAUGGGGGCCAGAUAAAUCCGUUUCCCCUUCGCCAAAGCAACGCUGUCGCCAAUCAACAGUGCCACAGCUGACAUUGUGACGACAAUGCCAUUGUAACCCCUACCUACAUACG